AUGGGGGUAGAGCUAGCCCCUGUCACCGCCCUCCUUGACAAGACUCAUCCUACCCUGGCCAGACCGCGGGAUCUGAACAAUUAUACCUUGGGAGAAAUAGCCGGACAUAACAUUGUGAUUGCUGCUCUACCAGAGAUUGGGAGGAACGCGGCGGCGGUAGUGACCACCCAACUGCUGAACGACUUUCCCUCAAUUCGAUUUGGACUACUGGUGGGUAUCGGUGGGGCUGUGCCUGACAUCGAGAACGACAUCGAUAUUCGUCUGGGAGAUGUUGUUGUAAGCAAGCCAACUAAGAGCACGGGAGGAGUAGUGCAAUAUGACAUGGGUAAAGAAGUACCUCAAGGAUUUGAGCGAAUUGGAAUGCUAGAUAAACCACCACGAAUCUUACGGACCGCUGUACAGCAGCUAGUGGCGCGUCAUGAGCUUGAGGAUAGCCUCAUUUGUCAAUUCCUGGGACAGAUUGGGAACAAGUAUCCCAAGAUGGUCAACAAGUACUGUACUGCACCGGAGGAACAAGAUCAACUGUUUGAGACGUCCUAUGAUCAUCGAGGUAGUAAGACAUGUUCGCAUUGCGACAAUUCGAAGACUGUAUACCGACCGCCUCGAUCAACAUUGGGGCCCUUGGUCCAUUACGGUACAAUAGGAUCGGCGAAUCGCGUGCUCAAGAAUGCAAUUGAGCGAGAAAAGCUGAAGUCUGGUGAUUUGGAUAUUAUAUGCGUCGAGAUGGAGGCAGCUGGACUGAUGGACUCGUUCCCCUGUCUAGUCAUUCGAGGGAUAUGUGAUUAUGCCGACUCCCACAAGAACAAAAGAUGGCAGCCCUACGCUGCCGCUGUGGCCGCCGCGUAUAUGAAGGAGCUGCUUUCGAACAUUCGAUCAAAGGAGGUUGUCAAAGUGUCCCCUGCUGCCGACGCGGUCAGCAUCCGAGAUGUUCCUAGGCACAGUCCUUCUAGGGACUUUCUUGAUAACAUAGCUGCAGAAGCCGUGCUUGCACCAGAAGAAGUGCGGGCCCAGUCAGGGAGCCGGUUUGAUGACCGACUUAGGCUGUCAUCCUCUGCACCCAAAUCUGAGCCACCAGCCUCCUCGACCCGCACCGCUAUUGGAGAAGCUUCGAACAGCGCGAGCAAUCCACGAUCCUUGGCAGAGCUCACGUACAGGUCCGUAGGGCCGGAACUAUCUUCGCACGGUUGGUGGCAGAGGACAGUGUUGUAUUCGUGGGUCCCGGGGGGGGAGGAGAAGGCGAAGCAUCAACAAUUGCUCGAAAACGCCAACAUGGAAGGAAGUCCACAGUGGUGGGUCAAAAUACUUGAUCCCAAUCGCUACCCCUCGGAAACAGAUCUCAGAAACUUGGACAUCAGUCUACGGCGAACACCACCUCAUUUUCUGGUCAAGUUUGUCCAAUUAUCGGGUGUAGAUCGACUAUCAGAUCUCAUCAACGACUUCAUUUCAUAUUGGACUUCAUCCACCUCAUUUUUCUCAACCUUUCCAAUCUCCGACCGUGGGCGUGAUGUUUUUGAAUGUCUCGACGCUUUGAUAAGCCACAAGACUGGCUUGGAUGCUGCUCUGAAGGAUACAACGUUGGCUCGACGACUAUUUACUUGCUUGAUUCCAAGGUACGAUGCCAGAAUGAUUAAGAAAAUCCCCUUCAUCCCAAGCCCAGCUACGAAACUGCUAGCUACCGAGUUGUUAAUAUCACUUUGUGCUGGAGAGAUCGAGGCUGGCUAUAGUGUAGUAUUGAAAGCUAUGGGUCUCGUUGGAAGUGUUACUGUGCGCAACCUAGGUCUUGUUGCGUGGCUGAAAACCGUCCGACACGAAGUUCAUUGGAAGGCCCAGAUGAGUCUCGAUUCCCAUACUCUCGAAUACGCAGCUGCAACAGUUCGAUUGAUCAAUGCGCUGGUUGCCUGUCCAGGAACGGAUCUGCAUUCAAGAUGUCUCAUUCGUGGUCACUUUCAAGCCAGUGGUCUCAACGAAAUUUUGACGAAACUAGAUGAAUUCAUCCAUAACGAAUUGUGGCAAGAAAUUAGGAAGUUCCGUGAAAGCGAGAAACGCGAUGCAGAGGAGCUUCUGCGCCGCCAAUCACAAGAAGACUUGCCUGCUUAG